AUGAGUGCCGCGACCAACGCAGCGACUGCCACCAUGGAUGUCCCUGUCACUUGCGCCGGCGUUCUCCGUCAGCGCGACCCGGCCACAUCUUCAGCGGGACAAGUGAACAUGACGCCGAAGGCUGGCUGUCCUCCUAUGAACGACCAGGGGCCUGCCCCAACACUGACUCCAGCCGUGCAACACGCCAUCCGUGCCCAGAUAUCUGACGCACUUCCUCCCGUUCGCCCACUAGCUUCUGUGACGGCACCGGUCUCUUAUGCCGACUACCUGGCCCGGGUCACACCUCCACCUCUCAACUACGCUGCCGCGAUCGCAAGGCCUCCCCCACCGUCCUAUUACGUCCCACCACCAACGCACCGGGUUCCCCUUGCUCCCCUCCCAUGGUAG